UGAGGUCAUCCUCUAAAGCAGCAUGGAGGGGCCAUGACUCCUGGCAGCCCGUGCUGCCUGCUGCUGGCUGAGAGACUUGAGGGGUCCCAUUGCCUCCCUUUGGGGUGGGCAGGCACCCUCAGGCCCCCACCCUGCCCAAGGUGCCAGGGAACCUCGGGCAAUGUUGGUGGCUGCUGCAGCAUCUGAUUGGACAGAGAUGGGAGCAUCUUGCUUGCCCAGGCUGCAUGGCACAAGCAUAGGUGCCAUGCCUGUGGGAUGACCCUGGAUCAUGUCCCUGUUCUGCUGAGCCUCUCCUGACUGGCUGUCACAGGUUCUGCACACUGCAGCUCCCCAUAACGAGCACAGAUGUCCUGGUCAUCCCAGGGUGUGUGUGUGGGGGGUCUCUUUAAGAGGGUGUGGGGCUGGAGAGGUGAGUCAGGGCAGAAAGCAGGAGGGUGAGCUCAUGGCAAAGCUGCCCCAGUCAUGUGGAGCAGCCACAGCUGUUGGUGCCCUUGGGCUGUGGGACAGAGGGGCCAGCAGCAUAAAGCCCCACGGCCAGCAAAGCCACCGGCAGCACCAGGAGCCAGGCUGGGAACUCCCUGCCCGUGGCAGCAAGGAGAAGAGGACACAUCCUGCACAGGACUGUGCACUGCAGGCAGACAUGGAGCUGGAUGUGGAACGGGCCAAGGAGCUCAUCGAGCAGAAGCUGGCAGAGGAGGAGAAGGAAGAGAAACUCAAAGGGGAUGGAGCUCGGGAGCCGCCGGCCGUGGAGCGGAUGAACACACCCGAUCUGGAGGAGGAGAAACGCUGUGGGCCCAGGAACUGGGGCCUUGAGGCCAUCAAGGGCCAGGAGAAGGUGCGGAGGAGUUCAGUGGAUCUGAGGCGGGAGAUCAUCGACGUGGGGAGCAUCCAACGACUCAUCGAGCUCCGCAAGCAGCGCCGGCAGCGCCGCGCAGAGCGGGCAGCCACCCCCGAGCCCACCCCACCACCUGAGCCCCUGGAGAUUGACGGGCCUGUGGAGCCAGAGACCUUCCUGCGAGCCGCUGUCCAGGGCAAGAUGCACGUCAUCGAGAAGUUCCUGGCAGACGGUGGCUCCCCCGACACAUGUGAUGAGUUCCACCGCACAGCGCUGCACCGCUCCUCGCUGGAGGGACACAUGGAAAUCCUGCAGAAGCUGCUGGACAGUGGGGCCACUGUUGACUUCAGGGACCGGCUGGACUGUACUGCCGUGCACUGGGCCUGCCGGGGUGGGCACCUGGAUGCUGUCAAACUGCUGCAGGAUCGUGGAGCAGACCUCAAUGUGAAGGACAAGCUGCUCAGCACACCCCUUCACGUGGCCACCCGAACCGGACACCUUGACAUUGUGGAGCAUCUCAUCCACUGCGGGGUGGCUAUCAAUGCCCCAGACAGGGAAGGUGACACAGCACUGCAUGAUGCCACACGGCUCAGUCGCUACAAGAUCAUCAAAACGCUGAUCCUGCACGGGGCUGACAUGAUGGCCAAGAAUGAGGCUGGCAAGACCCCAACAGACCUGGUGCAGCAGUGGCAGGUGGACACACGCCAGGCGCUGGAGACCAAGGAGCAGCCACAGGGGGAGAUGGAGGUCCCUGCAUGAUGGCACCAGGCAGGGACCAGGGGCUGGGCUCAGCUCCAAGGAGCAGGAUCCAGACAAGGCUUGUCUGUGUCAAUAAAAGUCAGC